AUGGCCUCCACCCCAGGUUUCGAUGAAAUUGACUCAACGCCAUACAAAAACAUUCCACGCAUCGCGCGGCUCUUAGUAGGUGAAGAUAUCAAAGAUAUCAGUAAGGAGCUAGAGCAGAUGACUCAGUUCCAAGAAGGAGUUGGAAACGUGAGCCUAGAAAGUUUGCCAAGAGAAUCAAUCGAAGAAACGCUAGCGGAAAUAACAGAGCUUCAAAAAGAAGAUGGAGUUCACCUUCGCCUAUAUAUCCAAUGGCUGUACUUCUCUGAACGCAGUCUGCUAAGAGGUAAAGAAGAAACGAUCCCUGAAGAUGACAAAUCUAUCCCGGAGAAGGUCCACAGCCUUGAGGAGAAAGGGAGAAAUCUUGAGGAAAAUCUAGGAUGGACGAUGGACCUCUUAGAAGAUGACAAAUCUAUCCCGGAGAAGGUCCACAGCCUUGAGGAGAAAGGGAGAAAUCUUGAGGAAAAUCUAGGAUGGACGAUGGCCCUCUUAGAAAUUACUGAAGAAGUUAGCCCUCUGAGAGACGAGACAACCUAUGGGAGGCCUACAUCUCAAGGGGAGUACACAAAAUUAAAAGAAGCUGGUCUUCUGAGAGACGAGACAACUUAUGGAACGCCUACAUCUCAAGGGGAGUACACAAAAUUAAAAGAAGGAGGCCUUCUGAGAGACAAGACAACUUAUGGAACGCCUAAAUCUCAAGAGGAGUACACAAAAUUAAAAGAGAUAAAAACUAGCUUUCUGAGAGACGAGAAAGCUUAUGGAAGGCCUGCAUCCCAAAGGGGAGACACAAAAUUAAAAGGUGAUGACAAAGAGAUGAUUGAAGACUUCGAAGCUAGCCUUCUGAGAGAGAAGACAACUUAUGGAACACCUACAUCUCAAGGGGAGUACACAAAAUUAAAAGGUGAUGUCAAAGAGAUGAUUAAAGACUUUGAAGCUUGCCUUUUGAGAGACGAGACAACUUAUGGAACGCCUACAUCUCAAGUGGAGUACACAACAUUAAUAGAUGAUGUCAAAGAGAAGAUUGAAGACUUUGGUAUGCAUUUUCGCACAUAG